AUGGGUCCUAAAAGGCCUUCUAAAGAUAUACAAGUUGAAAUGGAAAGUACUGCUGUGGAAGGAGAAGAAUUGGGUGACCUUCCGUACCGGAGUAUUGGCAUGUACAUGCAAUUGUUGGGCGAGACUCCACCUCCUACGGAAUGGAACCUUUUUAUUCUAUUCGAUGGACAUGUGGUGUUUGAAACAAAAUGGCACCACGAGGAAGAGCUGGAAAUUGAUAGUUUACCGCUAAUAGAUUUACUUGACCCUGCUUAUCAAUCUCUAGUGUUGGAUAGGCCGCUGAUAUUCCUACUGCGGUCUCAUGGAGGAAAAUCUUCAAAAGAUCCUGAUCCUUUGACACACGUUGAUAACCGUGCCGGAGCAGCUCUUGAUUUAUUGCCUUUGUUGAUCGGCACGGACGAGGUCGUUUGUAAGCUACGGUUGCUGGCACCCACUGGCGAGGAAACAGGUCAUAAAAUCAAGGUUCGGGUCACAGCUACGGGACCUCGGCCAGAUACUGGACUAAUGCCACUAGUGAUCACGAUGAUAUCAGCACAUUGUUUGCCUGUUACUAAAGACGGCACGGUUUAUAUUGCAGCACUGGGGCUAGACGGGUUACUGGAGCACGUUUCAUUACAAUUCAAUAUGUCCCUCAGCACUGUUACGGCGAAGAAAGCCCUGUGGGCUGCUGCUAGCACGGCCCCGCUCAUGAUUCGCACGGGCUAUCCUGCUAUGAGACUGGAUAGAUACAUACCUCCAGAUUUAGAACCACAGGAUACAAAUUUAUGUAAUUCAGUGUACUGGCAUGCCGUAAGAAGAAUAUUUGUAGAUCCCGAUGUGCUCCGGCAGAGGCUAGCAUCGCCCUUCCUUAUUGAAAUCGCCGGAGUUCCGAGAUUUGGGAAGGUAGACGUUCGUGGACGUUAUAUGGGCCAUAUUGACGCAGGUGCCUUAUUAGAACCGUUGCAGUUUUCACUUACAACAUGCGGAAAAUUAACCUUUUUUGCGGAAACUGAAUAUCCUGAACAUAUGGGGCCUUUGUUAGAACUUCCUCCCGCCAGUGCUAAAAGUAGCGCUCGACAGCCGCUUGUUUUAACAGACAUUCAUGGACACUAUCCAUAUAUUGUUGUCAAAUUCGAUAUACCAGAGAUAUUGUCAGAAAAGAGAAAACUUGGAACACUGUUUGACGUUAUGGGGUUUCCCGAACCCGACGUUCGCAUGCCUUUAGAAGAGUUGUAUAUCGAGCCACCGCCAGAGGAUCCUUCAGUUGAUGUGAGAAAAAUACGUGUUGAAGAGGGUGCUUUGGCAGUCCAUAAAGAAUUAAGUACCUUGGCGUGUAGAGGAGCAGUGUCGAUGAACCAGGGCAUAAAACGUACAGCAGCCAAUAAACUACUGACUCGUGUGAGAACUAUGUUGAAGCAGUUUCCGCCGGGCGAGUGCUCGUACCUAGAGUGGCAGGACACAGUGACGGCCCAGCACGCGGCGUGCCGGCGCGCCGUCACCGCCUCCUUCAGGCCGCAGCCGCCGCCCGAGAAACCCACCAACCCCUACGCUGCCCCGCGAGCAGAGGCCGCCGGCGACACCAGGGUCGCUACCAGGCAUAUCGAACAUAAUUUGCGAGUCGCUGAAAAACACCCGAGAAUGCUACUUGCUAAAAUAUUAAAAUGUUUAGAAGCUAGAAACGACGGUGAAGCAAAAACCUACUUGCUCAGAGCGUUGAAGUCUCAGUGUCUAAAUAAAUAUUUGUUGUGGAUGUACGGGGCGCUAGAAUUUGAUAAAGGAGAGGAGGCCUGUGAUGCUGCUAAGGCUGCAUUUCGCAUCGCCGUGAAGGGUGUAUACUCUAACGGCACAGCGGGAGCUAUCGGCUGGGGCGCGGUGCAUACAGUGUGCCACAUCGAUGAAGACUACUAUCGUGCUUUUAUAGCGAUGAGGAGAGUGAGGAAAUCGCACGAGCUGAAGAAAGAGUGGAAGUUGUAUUAUCAGCGUUGGGUCGAAACUAGUGGCCAAGAGGAAAUUUAUUGGAGGCCAAAAGUGAUAAACCAACAGAAUCCUCUCAUUGUUGUUGCCGCAUUUUUUCUUUGCUUACGUUGUUAUAAAUUCAGCGAAAAAAUUUUACAGUGCUUGGAAAGGGGAUGUGCUACCAGAGGAUCUCGUUUUGAUGUAAAAACGAUACUCACGGAAGAUAUUUACUAUUUGCGUGCCGCGUCACUUUUAUUAAGACGUCAAACUUUAGAGGCUUUAGAAAUGACCGAACAAGGAAUAAGAAGGUUCGGGCCGUCCCCUAUGAUGUCGCAGAUGCGAACUACUUGUUUGAUGGCUGUCCGGGGCUGGGACGAAGAUUGUGCGGUUGCAUUGAGCGAGUCUGAGAGCGCCGGUUCCAAACUAUGUCCACGAAUACUGAUGGAGGCGGCAAUUAGAGGGAUGAAGGUGGAUCCUGAGGAGGCGCUGCAGAGAGCUGCGCGUGCUCACAAGAUUGCUCCUUCAGGGUAUACAGCUUUGGUGAUUGCACGUAUUUAUGCUAGGAAGGGCGAGUUUAGUUUGGCGGAGCGCUGGGCGGCGGGGGCGGUGAAGAUGGAGCCACUGUUAGCUGAUGGGUGGGCGGUGCUGGCAUUGCUGGCGAUGGGCGACAGAAACGUAGACAAGGCACGCACCAUGCUGCGCACGGCGCACCAAGCGGGCCCCAUCAGCGAAGUCAUAGAGAAACAACUCAAGAGAAUCAAGAAAAUAGUCAAAGUCGACUCUUUAGCGGACUCCAUGCUCAAAAACUUAUGUUUCUGUGAAUAUCUUUCCGGUGAUGAUUCUAAAUGA